CCAGACUUUCUUGCUCUUUGAUCGCAAAGAAUGACUUUGGCAAAAGUCCUCUUUUUUUCUGUGCAAUUUUAGAUUUCUUGUCUUCUUCCAAGCUUGUAACUCCAUUAAAGUCACCCGCCAUAAUUAUUUGGUCAUAAGUCAACUCUUCUAGUUGUCCUUGCAAGUCCUUAAAAAAGUUUUCUUUUGCGCCGUUCGGUGCAUAAAUUCCAAUCACCAAAAUCUUUUUUGAGUUCCAAAUUAUUUCCACCGCUAAAUAUCUGGCUUCCACAUCGCUUAAAACUAGUUUAGGCUGCAGCUCCUCCUUUAUGUACAGUGCAACUCCUCUCUUCUUCUUUUUGGAGGCAGCUGCAAAUUCAUUUCCCAGUUUUGCCAAUUUUAAAUACUUUAAGUCCUGUUUUCUAAUAUGUGUCUCUUGCAGGCAUACUAUAUUACAUUUUUGUUUUAGAAGCCAAUGGAAAAUAGCCUUACAUUUACAGGGUGAAUUUAGUCCAUUUACAUUCCAAGAUAUAAUUUUACACUCCAUGGUUACAUUCUUGUACUUUUUGGUAAGUCCUUUUCAUUGUCCCUAAUAAAAACUUCCAUCUCAUGGCCAGAUCUAAUGUUCUUCCUUGUUCCACCAAAUUCAAAUGCCAGUCCUUCCGGUAUUUCCCAUCUAUAUCUAAUUUUCAAGUCCUUUAACAUUUGGACCAGCUCUCUGUAUUUUUUCCGCUCCACCAACACCGAUCUGGGCAAUUCUUUCAUGAUUCUCACCACCUUUCCAUCGACUUCUAAUGGUUCUUGGAAUUGUUUGCUUACAAUUGUCUCUCUUAUACUUCUGUUUGUAAAUUGCACAAUCAUAUCUCUUGGUAACUUCCUCUGUGCUGCAAAUUUUGAAUUAAUUCUGUAUGCCACGUCCAGAAGAGCUGCAAUCUCUUCUUCCUCUCUUCCCAGGUAACCUGCCAAAAUUUCUGAAAUCUGUUCUUGGGCUGAUUUUUCUGUAAUCUCCGGAAUUCCGCGCAUUCUAAGUUGUUUUUCCAUUUGUUUACAUUCAGCUACAGCCAUUCUUCCCUUCAUACCUCUCAUCUCUGUUCUCUGCACGUCUGCUAAAGUGUCAACUCUAUUCUCUACAACAUUUACUCUCUGCUGUGUAGCUUGCAGUUCAUUCUGUACUUGAUCAAUUUUCUUUGUAAGUUCUGCCAUCUCCGAUUUGAGUGCCUCUUUAAAAUCUUUAAAGUUCUCUUGCAUCAUCUCUUUAAGCUCUUUAUUUCCUUCUGAAUUUUUUUUCUCCAAGUUUUCCAGCGCAGUUUGCCACUCCUUCUUUGACAUCGUGGGGCUAGAUCUACCUCGCUCCCAUGAGUCCGCUCUUUUCCUCAACUCCGUGGCGCUACUUUACUCCUUUCUGUUAAUUUUAAAUGUCCCAAUUCAGCUUAUUUUUUAAAAGUUAAUGCUUGCACGGUCCAAAAUGUCGGGCAUCUUUUCUCCAUGGUUUUAUGUUGAAGUAAUCGCCCUUACCCUUAUCCAAGAUGGCCUACUUCCGUUUUCUUUAAAGCCACAGCUUUGCCCUUCUUCAAGAUGGUGGCUUUCUACUUUCGCUUUUAGCAAACCGCUUCUCACCGGUCUCUCUAUGAUUUUGAUGCAUUUCCUGUUCCUCCUUUCUUCACAGCAGUUCUCGCGAUGUUAAAACUUUCUCACAGUUCAUUAUCUCCUCUUAGCCGCAGGUAUGUAAACAAUAAUCAGUUUCCCGCGUUUAUUUCCCUUUAUAAUGUCACUUUAAAAAAAUUUAACUUGCCGGAGUUCUCUCAUAUAUAUAACAAGUCCCUUGCAGUUUUUAAAUCGUCUUUAUCUCUUUACUCCUUUUUAUAAUCUGUCCCGUACUGAGAGAUAGCAAUCUUUACCUUCUUAGACGUUUCUCUUGGGUUGUAAUCGCUGCUUCAAUUAUCCGAUCAAUUCCAAUUCCCUUCCUGGUUUACUGAAGCUUGGGCAUGUAGGUCUUAUGCCAGAAACUGACUCCAGAGCCGUUGCAGAGAUUUUGGCAAACCUUUCUUCGGGUGGGACCUCAAGGGUGGAAGGGGGCUCAUUGUGUAGAACCCCCCUCACACCCGAGAUCAACGCGCCCUCAGGUUCUCGAGUGUACUUGCCUGUUCCCCGCCUGGGAACAGGGGGCUGCGGGCAGUUUGCGCCCCUCCACCCUCCACAAACAAUGGCACGUUAGAGCUGCGUUAGACCUUCAUGAAUCCCAAAUCGGAAGUCCACAGCCUGUUUGGACAUUGAUAUUCUUUUGUGGUGGGGAACAAAAUGGCUUUUGGCAGGUGACCAUUGUAGUAAAGCAUUAAGAGGUUAUGCACACCCAGAUUAUUCUUAGCCCCAUUAGUUCACCUGAGAACAGUUUAAACUCUUGAAUGUUUGACAGUGCUGACUGCAACUUGCAGGCAGCUAGCAAACUGAACCAUUGGGUCAAUGAGUAUAUCUGUGGUCAUUCCGCCUAGCCAGAGGGAUUUUUGCCCAUUUUUUCCUAGCGCAAGCAUAGUCCCAGAGUCCUUCUCAAGUAGAAUAGUAUUAAGACUAAGUCGUAGAGACUGGUUCCAAUCAGGACAAAUUCCUCAGCACACUAGUGCCAUUAAAAAUAGCAUUUCUUUUAAGGAGCCUUCUAGAUUGAAGGCAAUUUUGUUUCUGUAACAGAAAGAUCUCCUAACAAAUUGGGGUAAAAUUAGCACAACUUAAAAUUAUAUUACCAGACAUUAAUUAUUUACUUUAUUUAUACCCCACCUUUAUCCCCAAUGGGGUCCCAAAGCAGCUUAUAGCAUUCUUUUCUCCUCCAUUUUCUCCUCACAACAACCCAGUGAAGUAGGUUGGGCUAAGAGUAUGUGAUUGGCCCAAAAUCACCCAGCGACAUUCCAUAGCAGAGUGGGGAUGCAGACUUGCAUCUAUCAGAUCCUUCUCCAGCAUUCUUACACUGUACUGCCUCUCUUUACCACUCAGUGCAUACUUUUGUGCCUUCUAAUUUUUAUUUAUUAUUAUUAUUUUUCUGAAUUUUACGUUCUUUUAAUGUGAUUUUACUGUGAUUCUAUUACAUGUGAUGUUACCUGCUCUGACCCCCCUUGCUAGGAGAGCAGACUAUAAAUUUAAUAAUAAAUAAAUAGUAAAAAAUUAGAUUGACACCAUUAAUUUCUUCAUGUGAGACUCCCAACCAUGCCGUGGCCCACAAUGAAAUCCAAACUGGAAAGUGCCCAGACAGCGCAACAGGGAUUCUAGCGAUCUGGGAACAUGAGAAAGUACUUCUGCCUUCACAGAAAUGGUUGCCUAAUCUGUUUUCUUCUGAUUUGCAUGGUACCUUCUGAUGCAGAUGUCCUGGCAUAACCUCCAGCAUCCCAGAGAUUAAACAAGAAGCAGGCUUUGUUUAAUGAAAGUAACUUUUACACCCCCAAUCUAAGAGAAAAAAUAAUUUACAGAGAAAAUUACAGAGUGGUCUUUUUCAGAGUGGUCUUGGAAGCAGCCAUGACUUCCCCCAUGAGAAGCUUGCUGUCUGACCACAGCCGUUAUGUUGAGUCAUUUCGCCUGUUCCUUGAGAAUUCAACGGAGCAUCAGUGUAUGCUGGAAUUCAUCGAGAAGAAGCUGCCUAGCAUAAUAUCAAGUAUUGGUAACGAAAAAUCUACAAUCAAUAUUCUGAGUGUUGGUGGUGGUGCAGGAGAAAUUGACCUUCAGAUUCUCGCAAAAGUACAGGUUAAAUAUCCUGGUGUUAUCAUUCAUAACGAUGUGAUAGAACCAAGUGCUGAGCAAAUCACCAACUAUAAAGAACGUGCAGCAAAGACAUCAAACCUUGAGAACAUAAAGUUUACUUGGCACAAGGAAACAUCAUCAGAAUACGAAAGUCGAACGAAGGCGAACGGCGAUAUGAAGAAAUGGGGCUUUAUCCAUAUGAUUCAGAUGCUGUAUUAUGUAAAAGACAUCUCUGCUACUAUUCGGUUUUUUCACACUCUUUUGGAACCUGGGGGCAAACUCCUUAUUAUUCUUGUCUCAGGAACCAGUAGCUGGGCUAGGUUGUGGAAGAAGUAUGGUCCUCAUUUACCUCUUAAUGAUCUUUGCUUAUAUGUUUCAUCUGCGGAUAUUGAAGAGAUACUUGAUGCAGCUGGACUGAAAUAUCAGUCAUAUGACCUUCCAUCUAAUAUGGACAUAACAGAUUGUUUUGCCGAAGGAAACAAAAAUGGGGAACUGAUGCUUGACUUUUUGACAGAAACUUGUAAUUUUAGUCAAACAGCCCCACUUGACCUAAGAAAGGAACUUAUGGAAGAUCUGAAAAAUCUUCAAUAUAGUGAAAAUAUAGGUGGAAGGUAUUUUUUCAAUAACAACUUGAGUGCAAUAGUAGUUGAAUCCUCAAUAUGAUUUGAAUGAAUUCUCCAGAGAUAACAAACAUAAUAGUUCUAUUACUCUUUAAUAUUUUAUUAGUAAUUGAAUGUUUUAAAAACUUUAACAUUUUAUUAAUUCUAUAUCUGUGGAUAAAUCAAGACAGUGAAAUUAGGAAAGAAUCAUCUUUAGUUGUAAAGCAGUUGAUUAACAAUGUUGUUAUGAAUGCAUAUUAAAAUUCUGUUAAUAGAUUAGUACAUAAUCUGCUGAGUCGCAUACCAUUAUCCUUGUCCGUAUUCUGCUUCCAUGUUAUGAGAUCAUUAAUCAAAACUCGGAAAAUGAAAAUCACAGGUCUACAUGCCUCUGAUUGAUGGGAAAGGUAUUGUAACGACCUUGAAAGGAUCACCCUUUUACGAUGAAAAUAUAUAGAACAUGAAAAGCAAUUCUAAACAAUGUCUUUCAGCUGUAUUUGUGGUCAAGUAUUACAAAGCUUUAAAAAGCAAAUUCCAUCCUCACCUUCUAAUUUUAUUUUGGUUUUGUGUUCAGUUUAACAGUUUGCACAGCAGGGCUGGGAAACUAUUAGCAUGAAAGGAAAGUAAAACUGUCUUUACUAGUGGAAAAGGCAAGUUUGGAAAAAGGAACUGCUGAUCAAGUGGUGGGGUAAUCCUGUCAAUUCACAGUAUUUACUCAAAUGUAACCCUAGUUACCACCUCCCAGGUAGGCCUUCAAAAAAACUGAGGGGAUUGUUUUACCUUUGCAUACAAGUUACAGUAAUGUGUACACUGAAAAGAAAUCCAUUUUGGUUUCCAAUCCAGGGUUUCUGAAGGAACUAUGUAUCGUUAUGGUUUUUUUUCCAGAUGGAGCAUUGCCAGCUUGGCUCUAAUCCAUUUUUUCUCCAUUAUCAAGUGUUUUGGCCCCAUUCUUUCCAAUAAGGACUUCCAGGCUCUUCCAGGUCCAGCUAUUAUUGCAUUAGCACCAAAAUUGCACAGAACACAGUUCUCCCUCUAAACCAUCAACCCACUGAGUUUUUCCUCAGUUACAUUACACACACACAAUAAUAGACCCGGAAAAAGGCAAGUGUCAGUGGGUGCACACAAUGGCAGGAAACUGACUGGCAAAGAGAUAGUGGGGCGGUGGUGGCAAUAAAAGCAACUUGCUUUAUAUUCAUUUUUUUCUUUUUCUAUAUUGCCAAUAAAUUACAUCCAGCUAUUGCC